GUUGUCACCAGGAGAUAACCCAGAUUCCCUGCUGCCUCACCUUUGCCUCUGUCAGAUAGUAGCACCCCAGACCCGGGCUCACAGGUGCACAGUGCUCAGCGUUCGUGUGCACAUUACCCAUCUACGUCAGUCUAGAGUUCCAAGCAUCGUGUCACUCAUCCGUGCAAAGGAGCUGGUUGGAGGAGACACCGAGUAGAGGAGACUCCAGGCGCAUAGGGCAGCAUGGAGAAGAGGCUACUUUACCCGUUCCUCCUGGCUUUGCUGAUGGUCGGGGUCAUCGCUACCAUCAUAGUCUGCUUCACUGCCAAGUACGGGAAGAGAGAGACAGAGGAGGUGGAGGACGAGCCCUUCUGGAAAACUGUGGUGGUGUAUCAGGUCUACCCUCGCUCCCUCUACGAUGCCGUCCCUGACGGUACAGGAGACAUUGCUGGCAUCACAUCCAAGGCGGACUACCUGACAUCGCUAGGUGUAGGCGCUGUGUGGCUCAGUCCUGUAUACACGUCUCCUAUGAAGGACUUCGGCUACGACAUCGCAAACUUCACCGACAUCGACCCCAUCUUUGGCACCAUGGCUGACUUUGAUGACCUCCUCGCUGCCUUCCAUCAGAGAGGGGUGAAGGUGAUCAUGGACUUUGUACCCAACCACAGCAGCGACCAGCACGAAUGGUUCCGCAAGUCUGUGGCUCGCGAGGAUCCUUACACCAACUACUACAUCUGGGCCGACUCCAAGGGUGUCGACGACAACGGUACCCACAUCCCCCCUAACAACUGGCUGAGCGUGUUCCGUGGGUCAGCGUGGCAGUGGAACGAGGAGCGUCAACAAUUCUACUUACACCAGUUCCUCGCUGAGCAGCCCGACCUGAACUACCGCGAUCCCAGUCUCAAGGAGGACAUGCAGAAAGUGUUGACGUUCUGGCUGGACAAGGGAGUGGACGGCUUCCGUGUGGACGCCCUGCAACACCUCGUCGAAGUGGAAGACUUGAACCUGGACGAGCCCGUGGCUGUGGACUCCGGUAUCACCGACCCUGAAGACUACGAGUACCUCAACCACACCCUCACCAUCCACCAGCCCGAGACCUUCACCGUCACGAGGGAGUGGCGCCAGCUCCUCGACAAGUACCCAGAUAGAGUGAUGAUGGUAGAGGUUUAUUCCGGUGAUGUUGAGACGGUGAUGAAGUACUAUGGUAACGACACAGUCCCCCUUGCUGACUUCCCUUUCAACUUCUUCCUUAUCGACAACCUCCAGAACCGCAGUCAGCUGACCGGCAAGACACUCAAGUCCAUUAUCAGCCUCUGGAUUGACAACUUACCAGAGGGCAAGUGGGCCAACUGGGUGCUGGGUAACCAUGACCACGGGCGGGUGGCGACGCGGUUGGGUAGUGACCUGGUGGACGCCCUCAACAUGAUGACCUUCCUGCUGCCUGGUACCCCCGUCACGUACUAUGGCGAGGAGAUAGGUAUGGAGGACACGCCCAUCAGCUGGGAAGAGACAAAAGACCCUCAAGGAUGCCGCUGGGGCCCAGACCACUACCAGGAGCACAGCAGGGACCCCGCCAGGACACCCAUGCAGUGGAACAACACUACGCUCGCUGGUUUUACUUCUGCCAACUCAACCUGGCUGCCAGUAAACCCCAAUUACAAAACUCUCAACGUAAAGGCUCAAACACAAACAAAGAACAGUCAUCUGAGAGUUUACAAGGAUUUGAUUCUUCUGAGGAACGAAGAUGUGUUCAGCAAAGGUCAUCUGGCUUUCCCAGUUAUCACUGAGCAAAUUUUUAGUUUUAUCAGGUACCUGGAAGGCUCAGAGGCGUACAUACUAGUGAUCAAUACGUCGCAGGAAGAUAUCGAAGUGGACUUGCACCAGGACGCCAACAUCGAGCUCCCUCGUACUGGCUUCGUUAUCCUCCGCUCCUCAACUGACACUUCAGCAGACACUUUGCCUGGGUCUGAGGUGUCGCUGGACAAAGUGCCGCUGGUGGGAGGCGAGGGACUCCUCCUCACACUCUCAGUACAGUUGUCUUGAGAGCUGAGUCCACCUUAAUUCUAAAUGUGCAGCAAAUCAUCGUCCUUCCUAUUACUAUGUAAUGAUAUACUAAACUACUGAAAAUAAAUUAAUUAAUUCACAACGUGUAAA